ACAGACAUAAACAGACAAUGGUUUGGAUUCAGAUGAAAGUGUGCAGGAACAAUGUUUUUGAUAGUGUUCUGUUCGCGUAAGCGCACGUAAAGGAAGAUGACGACUAACUGAUUAUCUUGUUCAGAGACUGGACAAUUAUUGGAACUGGAAUAUUAUUUGUUCUUGUACACGUUAUGAAAUAAAGCAGAUCAUAGACUGUGAUCCGCAAAACUUGAAGGAGAGUGCUUGAUAAUUUGGACAUAAUAUAGGAAACCUUCACUGGAUACUCAGCUAUAUGUACAGACGGAAGUAACUUGAAGCGUUGGUGUUUUCACUGACACAAGCUGUCAGAAAUUGGAACAGGAAUCUGCUCAUCUUCUUCAAUAUUCACAUAGCGCGGGUAACGACAUCACUGAACAAAGGUAUAUCCUCGAUUGUGAGAGACUUUAGAACAGACAAUUGGAAACGUGUACAUUACAAACUUUAAGAGGCCUAUUCUUGAUGUCUGCUCAUGAUGUGAUAGUCAUGGAAUAUUGAUACAAGUGGUGUAAAAUCAUUUUUACUCGCACAUUGAUUUUGUGAUAAUUGGCGCGUAAGUAUUUGGAAUCAACUUAUUCUUACUUAUCAAAUAAAAUGUUCGCAAAAGUAAAACACUUUACGGGUGAGAUACCAACCCAAAAUCAAGUCGAGCUGUCCCCCGUUUCAGCUUCAUUCUUUAAAUAUUUGCGUGUCAUUUCUUGUCUCGGAGGAAUCUUUCGUCGCGUGAACCCUGGAGAGAAAAUGACAAAGUGGGACAGACUUAAACUUGUGUACGUCAUAUUUGUUAAAAUAGUUUUAAUGACAAGCGUUGUCUUCUUCUUCAUUGCUACCUACAACUUUGCAAUUGACUCUAAACCUGUUGCACGUCUACUGGCGUUCUGUACUGUCAUGUUACUAGGUGUGUACUUGUCAUUCGUCUACAGUAUCUUUCUGUCAAAAGCAUUCCAACUGUUGCAUGUUCGUAUUUGCAAGUAUGAGGAACGGUACGGAUUCAGCGAUGGAUUCAAGAAGUGGAUGAGGAAGUUGAGAGCAAUGGUGAUUGUCGUUCCUUUAUUCGCGGUAGUACUAAUUCCACUAAAAUACUUUAUGACGAUGGGCUAUCCUGAAGUUAGGGACGAUAUCUAUCCUACCAAUACCUUUAUGGAACCUUGGAAAUCAGUUGGAUUAGUUAUAACGUCCAUUGGAUACACAUGUUUAGAGAUUCAGUGGCAAAGCAGUUUUAUUGUUGUACAUUUUCUUUCGCUGUUUUUGUGGCAAGAAUUUAACCGUGUUGACACACAAUUCCAGGAACUUGCAAACAGUCAGCGUGGAGACACUGAAGCCAGGUUCAAUACCUUGGUAAUUCAUCAUGUUUGGAUAACUGAAGUGCUUGAGGAUAUCAACAACUAUGUGCAACACUUUAUUUUCACAUGUGUAUUCAUGACUUUGCCUGUGAUCUGUACCAUGGUAUAUUCCAUUCUAUCCAAUCCAGUUAAUUCUGUAGAAGUGAUUGCUUACAGUACAGCGUGCGUGUGCACCCUUCUGGGUUUUGGUCUGAUACUACGCGUUGGUGCACUGGUCAGUUCAAAGGCUCACGGGACUCUACAGUACGUAUGGAGGCUUGACAAAGAACGUUUCUCUGGCACAGGACUACAGAAGAUGAACCUGUUUGUGUCAAGACUGACGGGAGACAGUAUCGGCUACAACAUUCAUGGCCUCUUCACCAUCACCAUGCCAACACUCCUUGGGAUUGUAGGAACACUGGUCACCUACAUAAUUGUGGUUGUACAGUUCAAGCCACCAGACACUUCGUGUCAAUGCAACAUGUUCAGGAAUCUCACGGAGGAUGAUAUGCGUUGAGGAAGACCAUAUGUAACAUCACGUGUAGGCUCUUGUCAUCACUAACUUCAGUGUGUCACCCAUUGCUUUUCGUUGUCUUGAGCGGGAAUGCUGAGGAGGUGCAUUGAUAUCACCAUAGGGACGCCCCCAUCCAUUGACGUUCGUGACGACUGAAACUCUCGUCGUCAUGUGAAAAUCGUGAAGAAAAUGUAACAAUAAUAUUCGCAUGAACUUGUGAUUUUAGUUUGAAUUUCCUGAUUCUCACAUCUAUUUAAGAGUACAAUAAGGUAACUUUUUCAUUAAUUUCAUUUUGCAUUGACGAUUUUAAGUCAGCUUGUAUAUAUCAACCCAUAAUCUUCAAUUAACACAGUGGGGUCAUUAGAAUCAGUUGGUUUUUUCGAAAGACAAUAAUGACCACUGUUAAGUGAUCAUAACCGGGGUAUUUCUUGUUUUCCAUGUAUGGUAGUUAUUACCCGGAGGUGUGUAUUCGCCAAACAUUUUGAUCGCUUACUUAUGUCUUGAUUUCCUGUUAAUCGUUUCAACAACUGCACCAUUUUUUCCAGAGUUUGAAGUGCUGUCAGGGGUGUUUUUUGUUGUUGACAUGAACACAUCUAAUAUCUUAUAGUCAAGUACCGAGGCUAACCACUUUUCCAAAACUGACUGGAAAAUGUAUGGUUAAGGUCAUGAAAAAACUCUCAGCCCCAAAAGAAGAAUAAGCCUAGAAUCAUCUCAAAUCCUGAAUUUCACCUUCAUGUUGAACAAUUAACCAUAUAACGUACAUUCCUCAAUUACAUGUACUUCUAUUAUUGCUCUUAUUCAAAUCCCAUGCAAACAGACAAAUGUUUCAAUCAAGGUUUCACCU